AGAGGAAGUCGGCGCUGCUGCGGCGGUCCCAGCCGUGCCGGCCGCCGCCACCGAGGCAGCGCCGCCGAGGGACCCGAGCCGAGCUCCGCCGCCAGCCGCAACCGCCAGCUGAAUGGGGCCGCAGCGGCUGUCCCCGGCCGCGGCAGCGCUGUUCUGCGGCUUCCUGCUGCCGUUGAUAGCUGCUCAGGAGGCAAUCCUGCACGCAUCAGGAAAUGGCUUAUCAUUACCGUCUAAGGAUUACUGCAUGCUGUAUAAUCCUAACUGGACAGUGCUUCCUAGUACCCUGGAAAAUGCAACUUCCAUUAGUUUGAUGAAUCUGACUACCACACCACUAUGCAACCUUUCUGAUAUCCCUCCUGAUGGCAUAAAAGACAAAGCAGUUGUGGUACAGUGGGGACCCUGCCAUUUUCUUGAAAAAGCCAGAAUUGCUCAAAAAGGAGGUGCUGAAGCGCUGCUGGUUGCCAAUAACAGUAUCCUUCUUCCUCUCUCAGGGAAUAGAUCUGAGUUUCUUGAUGUGAAUAUAAUAAUUGGAUUUAUAAGCCACAAAGACUUUGAAGAUAUGGCACAGACUCUUGGAAGUAACAUUACCGUGAAAAUGUAUUCUCCGUCGUGGCCUAACUUUGACUAUACUAUGGUGGUUAUUUUUGUAAUUGCUGUGUUCACUGUGGCAUUAGGAGGAUACUGGAGUGGACUCACUGAGCUAGAAAACUUGAAGGCAUUAGCAAGCACAGAAGAUCGAGAAAUGAUGAAAAAGAAGGAAGAAUAUUUAACUUUCAGUCCUCUUACAGUUGUAAUAUUUGUGGUCAUCUGCUGUGUUAUGAUGGUCUUACUCUAUUUCUUCUACAAGUGGUUGGUUUAUGUCAUAAUUGCAAUUUUCUGCAUAGCAUCAGCAAUGAGUCUAUACAACUGUCUUGCUGCACUAAUUCGUAAGAUACCGUGUGGACAGUGCACGAUUGCGUGCCGUAGCAAAAGCAUUGAAGUGAGGCUUAUUUUUCUCUCUGGACUCUGCAUAGCAGUGGCUGUUGUUUGGGCCGUGUUUAGAAAUGAGGAUAGGUGGGCUUGGAUUUUACAGGAUAUCUUGGGGAUUGCUUUCUGCCUGAAUCUAAUUAAAACACUGAAGUUACCCAAUUUCAAGUCAUGUGUGAUCCUUCUAGGCCUUCUCCUCCUCUAUGAUGUAUUUUUUGUUUUCAUAACACCAUUCAUCACAAAGAAUGGUGAGAGUAUCAUGGUUGAGCUUGCAGCUGGACCUUUUGGAAACACUGAAAAGAAUGAUGGAAACUUUGUGGAAGCCACGGCUCAGCCCUCAGCUCCCCAUGAGAAAUUACCAGUAGUUAUCAGGGUGCCAAAGCUGAUGUAUUUCUCAGUAAUGAGUACGUGCUUCACGCAUGUUUCAAUAUUGGGUUUUGGAGACAUUAUUGUACCAGAUCUGCCUGAGUUUCCUCACUGACCUCACUGCCUGCAGAUAACUUCACCUCAGGCAAGUAACAACAUCGAUUAGCUUUCUGUGCUGAUAGCCACUUCCAUGAGCAUGGUGGACAUUGCAAAAGUUGUCAGAGUUUCUAUAAGAACAGUGGUAGACACCAACCACAAAGUGGCACACCACAAGAAGGGCCAGAGCUCUGUGUGUGACCAGGGUGAGCAGUAUUGUGACUGAAAGCCGAGAGGCGCUGGGCCACCUAAGUCAAUUUUCUGGAAAAGGCAAAACUGCCUAGAAGAUUGUGCUUCGGCUUGAGUGUGUUGAGCACACCUGCACAUCCAAAAGAAAGCUGGCUGUUAGAGAUUUUCAAUUGGGAGAAAAUAACAGAAAGGGCCAAGUGAUCCAGUUCUAAGCUUCAUCCUUUAUUAUGAGACACCAAAGUCUUGAGGUUAUGUUCAUUAACAAGUAAUGUAGUUUAAAAGUAAUUAGCUGGGUGUGGUGGUACAUAGCUGUAAUCCCAGCACUCAGGAGGCUGAGGUAGCAGAAUUGUGAGUUUGAAGCUAGCCUGGGCUAAAUAGUAAGAUCCUGUCUCAAAAUACCCGAGCAGUAAUUAAUAUUAAUCAGCCAGUAUUCCUCAUCUGUCAUCCAUAGGCUGCUUGUUCUUUGUCACUUUCCCACCCUCUCCCUACAUACUAACUGCUUGUAAAUGGGUGAGGAAUAGUGACUUUUCAAAAAGCCCUGUUUACAUAGCAAAGCCGCACAGAGAGAGAAGCUAACAGAGUUCCCUGGUGAGUUGGCAUGGCAAAGUCCACUUAGCAACUCUCUUAGUUCAGUGAAUCUCUACUCAUAUAACUGAUAAGGCAGGAAGAACUGUCGAGUAACCUUACAGUUCCUUGAAUAUCUUUAAAUUGACACUGGAAGAUCCCUUAUUUUACCAGUGUCACAGUAAGUGCUACCUAAGAUCUACACAAUAGUCCUUGGCAUAGAACUAGUAAAAAUAGUACGCAAACUCUUAAAUUCUUAAAGUAAAUGUCAGAGAUCUCAAAGAGAAAUACGUUUGAGUAGAGUUAUUGACAAUAUGUGACGUAACAGUAAGAGCUAAGUUUUGACUGGGGGAGGGAGUACCAUAUUUUUCAAGCUAUGGAAAUGUGAUUAAACAGCAAAAGGAUCAGAGAACUUACUUUAUUAGUAAUAUACAUAUCAAAACUAAUUAAUCCAAACAACCUGCAAAUAUAGUCAAAUUAUUUUAUGAUUUUUAAGGGGCUUUUAUUAAUGAACAUGAUUUUAUUAUGUUCAUUAAUAAAUGAACAUAAUCUGAGACUUCUUUGUAGAGGUUCAACACAUUUUUUACAAGAGGUGUGUUAAAUGAGUCAUUGAUGCAUAUCUGCACAUAUACAAAUGGGAGCAUGUAUUUCAUUGUGUACAAACUCUUUACAUUAAAACUCCAGUCAUUUUGUGCUGUUAGAAAGGGGACUCUUUACCACAACUGGAAAUUGCCUUCCGUGAUGCCUUUUUUCAAUAUAGUUUAAACCAUAACACUUAAAAUCUGCCCUUAGGAAACUUUAAGAAUAUAACACAUUGCUAUUAACUAUCAUCACUGUGUUAUACAAUAGAUCUCUGGAACUAUCUAAAUAGCAUUUUGUAUCCUUUGAGCAACAUCUCCCAAAGUCUCCAUCCCAACCCCCGCCCCCAUUAAUCACAUUUUCUGUACUUCUGUGAGUUCAUCUAUUUAAGAUCAAUGAGAUCAUGCAGC